GUCUGGUACGCAAGGCUUAUACUUAACUCAGUCAGGCACGUUUCUACCCAAAGUUUCACCGGCCACCCGUGAGAUUACAUUGAUAGAUCUGGUUAAGAUAGUAAACAUAGCCUCUAAAUUACUCGCAAAGACGACAGAGACGAGGCUCCCACGCUUAUACCAUUACCUCUUGCAGUCAGAAUGGAAGUAAAUAUUAAGGAUGUUGUGGUUCCUGGCGAUGUCGCGGCAGAAAUAAUGAAAUCAAGUGAAAAAGAGCGAGUGAUUCUUGGUCCUGGACUGCGUCGCGACUGCGACCGCGUCCUUGUCACCAAAGCUGGUGUACUGAAGAGGCGAAAACCAGCUAUAUUUUACGUGGAUAGCUAUCAGAAAAGAGUUGACAUCGGGGCAGGGGAACUGGCAUCUCUAUCCUACUUGGCUUUUGAAGGAGCAACAAAAAAGAAUCGACCUGACAUUGUCGUAGGUGACGUGAUUUUUGCCAAGCUACUGGUGGCUAGCAAAGGCAUGGAACCGGAGUUGAUAUGCGUCGAUUCUCAUGGGAAGAAGGGCAAGUUAGGUGUCUUAAGUCCAGAUGGGAUGCUGUUUGAUUGUUCCCUUAGUUUGGCGAGGAAAUUGCUUCACCCAAGUUGUCAGCUGUUGACAUUGCUUGCCAAAGAACAGGCCUACGAAAUCGCCAUAGGUAUGAAUGGAAAGAUCUGGAUGAAGGCCAGAUCGGUCCACGAGACUAUAGCGGCUUGCAAUGCUAUUUUAGCUGCGGAAAACACCCCACCAACAGAAAUGCCAGCCUUGUGUUCGAGUAUCGCCCGUAAUUUACUCCGAAUAAGCUAAGAAAAAGACUAAUUCCACAAUCCUUGGUGUACAUCCAGAUAUUUUAAGUAUUUUAUGAAACAUGCUUUGUUUUGCAAUAAAAUCUUCCUUCGAUAUAAGUGAUAAUCUACUUAGAUUUAUUGAAAGCAAUAGAGCACACAACAGUCGGCAAAAGAUAGUGAGAAAGAAUACUCUGUAAGUUAGAAUGUAGUUUUUGGAGACAAUUUUUUAUUAAAGAAUAUAAUACUUUAAUACCAUCAUCGUUUGAGAAGAUGAAGACAAAGGACGUAAACAAGGAAAGUAGAUGGGCAGGGUACAAUAUUGAGUGGUUACUAUUUUAAAAUUAAUUAUUAUUCAUCACGUCUAUUUGGUUGCAAGUCGUAUGUGUGUGCUCUAAUUUCUACACGUAUUCCAAGUGUUCCUACUCAUAUUAUAACUAUCCUACUUAGUAUCCUAGUAUACUUCGUUUCACACCCCAUUCAUUGUUAAGCUACAGAAAUUAUGAUCUCCAUACACAAGUGUAAUCAAUAUUUUUCAAUUUCACAAAUUUUAUUGGUAAUUUGCUAUUAAUUUACUGUAUAUAGUAAUAUUACGUUAAUAAUGCACGUCAAGAAGUUUGUCCAGCAUUGAAAAAAAGUUGACGUUACAAAUUCCAACAAACUUUCCACCGAAAUUGAGAAAUUAAAUCUUGGUAAGAACGCGAAGAAUUUAACGUCAAAAAUCAUUUGAGUAAUAGCAGCCAGUCCAACGUUACGCUUGACCAUAGAUCAAAACGUUAUUGGUAAAGAAUAUUAUUAUAUUACCGCAAUUUUCUAAUUCAAAUUAAUAUAAUCAUAACGAUUUCUCAUUGCUGGGCAAUUAAUUGUAAUCAAAGUAUAUGUAUACUGGGUUGUUAAAAUUUUGUUCAAUUUUUUAGUGUGAUGAAAUAGAUAAUUUGAGUACAGUAGUCACAAUAGGGUAUAAGGUAGAUUAAUGGUUAAUAUUCAAUGUGUAGUAGAAUAGUAUAGCAUAGCAAUAGUAUAUUAUACGUGUAUGUAUAUAAAUAAAGUAAUAGCGUUACGUAAAUAGUAGAGCCAGGUCAACUUCAGAACUUCUCGAGCUUAGGUUUUGGAUGAAGACUUGCGUUUGGACAAUAAUCGAUGUUCCAGAAGAAACUGUCAAGCUAAUUACAGGGUGAAGGAAUUUAGAAGUGUAUAUAUGGUAUAGUCAUUAACGUCCGUUAAUGAUGAUCGAUCAACGAUCAAGCUCUAGAUAAUAUUUACUUAUUCAACGAGGCUACUGUAUCUUGCAUGCAAUUUAUUCUAUCAAUCGAUAACAUGUUUUGCAUCCGCGACAAAAAUAUGAAGAUAGAAAAUCACGUCGAACAAGCGAUAUGUUGUAAAGAAUUUGAUUCAAUCUGGUAUUAACUGAAGUCAAAACUGGCUCUAAUAAUUAUCAUUUCAUAAUUUUAUCAUCAAGCUCAAGAGGCCUCAACAAGAGACUCUGAAACCUUACUUCACGUUUCAAAUAACUGUCAGGCGGAAACUCUUCCCGCAAAACGGACUGAAAUGAAUGAAAUUUUUCUCAGGAGUGCAUUAAGAUAAUCGUGGUCUGUAUAUCCAAUAAUAUAUUGUAUCACGGCGUGAUAAAUUUAUUCAAA